ACAGAAAGAAAAAGGCAAAGGUCCUCGUCAAACGGUACCGACAGACAAGAAGGCAAAGGCAAUGGCUAUUCUCUCUUUUUUUUACUUGUCCGUCUUUGUAUCCCUAGUACUAGUAAUAGAUAGUGAUGCUGGUGAUUCUUGCAGCGCUGGCGUGGUUGGUGGGAGAGAAUAAAUGCUGGGUUUCGUAGAACUGAGCUACGAGAAAGAGAGAGAGACACAGAGUAAGACAGAGUUUCAUGUUUGGUGCAUAUCAUUGGUAAAAAAGAAGUCCUUGGCGUAUGUGUAAGGGAGACAGAGAGAGAGAGAGAGUGAGCGAGAGAGAGAGAGGGAUGAGCAUGCACGUGGUUCAGCUUUGUUGGUUGCAACCUCUAAAUACAUGGAUUUUUAAAAGCAGUUUGUAUUAAAUUUGGCUCACCCGUUUCCUUUCCGGCAACGACAGCAGUCACCAUUUCCAUUGCAUUUCACUCCCAUGCAUGCUUGCCUGCCCUUCAUUCCUUCUCUCUCUCUCUCUCUGCAAGCUCAGAUUUUGGUGCUUGGAUUCAGCCUCAGAAAGGAGAAAGACCAGAUCUUUGUUAUUCAGCCUUCACCGAAAGAACCCAGAUUCCAGAAGCAAAAGGCUAUAAUAUUAAAGGUACUUGAAUUUUUUAAUUUUUGCUUCAAUAAGUGGGUUCAGAAAUUGGGUACUGUUUCUCUUAAAUUUCAGUGAGAAUAUUGUUAUUUGGUGGUGAUCGUGAUGUUGUACUCGGUUACUAGAAAACCCUGAUCUUAUCUCAGCUGGAUCACACUACUACAAUGCCGACGGAUAGACCCUUUUAAUUACCUUCCGAGUUUUGGGAGCAUGAGAAAACUCUAUCAAUUCCGUCUCUCACACGCUCUUUUGUGCUUUCUCUCUUGCUUUCUUGGAAUCGUUUCAGUUUCACCAGUAACCGAGAAAGAGGUUUUGCUUCAAUUCAAGGGGAACAUCACCAAUGACCCAUACAAUAGGUUAAGUUCAUGGGUUUUGAGUGGGGAUCCUUGCCAGGAUUACAGGGGGGUGUUCUGUAACUCGGCUGGAUUUGUAGAAAGAAUUGUAUUGUGGAACACUAGUCUUGUUGGGGUAUUAUCCCCGGCCUUAUCGGGUUUAAAAUCUUUGAGGAUUUUGACAUUGUUUGGGAAUCAAUUUUCGGGCAUUAUCCCUCAAGAAUAUGCUGACAUUCAGACGUUGUGGAAGAUCAACUUGAGUUCCAAUGCGUUAUUCGGGUCAAUCCCGGAGUUUAUUGGUGAUUUACCAAGCAUUCGGUUUCUGGAUUUGUCAAGGAAUGAUUUUGCCGGGGAGGUACCAUCAACAUUAUUCAAAUAUUGUUACAAAACCAAGUAUGUUUCUAUGUCCUAUAACAAGCUUUCGGGAUCGAUUCCUGCAUCAAUAUUGAACUGCAUGAACCUUGAGGGGUUUGAUUUCUCUUUCAAUAAUCUCAGUGAUGGCAUUCCUUCGGGAGUUUGUAGUAUUCCAUUGUUAAAGUACAUGAUUUUAAGUAGCAAUAGGCUAUCGGGAAGUGUUCAAGAACAGCUUUCAGCAUGCCAGAGCUUGAAAAUAUUGGACCUUGGUAGCAAUAUGUUUUCCGGGCAGGCUCCAUUUGGUAUUCUCGGAUCAAAAAAUAUUUCUUUAUUUAAUAUAUCCCAUAAUGGGUUUUAUGGGGAGAUUCCUGACAUGACAACGUGCAGUGAGAGAAUGGAAUUUCUGGACGCUUCAGCGAAUAAUUUGGAUGGGCAAAUUCCGUUGAGCAUUACAAAGUGUAGAAGUCUUAGAGUUUUGGACUUGGCAUUUAACAAGCUGAAUGGGAGUAUCCCAGUAGAAAUUGGAGGUAUGGAGAUGCUUUCUGUGAUUAGAUUAGGUAACAAUUUGAUGGGGGGGACCAUUCCAAAGGAGUUUGGAAGCAUUGAGCUGCUUCAGGUUCUGGAUUUGCACAAUCUGAACCUUGUUGGCAAAAUUCCUGUUGAAAUAAGCAAAUGCGGGAUUCUUCUUGUGCUGGAUGUUUCUGGUAAUGCUUUAGAGGGAGAAAUUCCUGAUACCCUUUCCAGCAUGACUAACCUAGAAUUCCUUGACCUACAUCAAAACCAACUCAACGGGAGAAUCCCUCUAAGCCUUGGAAACAUUACAAAAAUCCAAGUUCUGGAUCUGUCGCAUAAUUUACUUUCUGGGUCAAUCCCUCCUCUUGGAAAUCUGAAAAUUUUAACUCAUUUUAAUGUAUCCUACAACAACCUCUCGGGCACCAUUCCUUCAGCUCUACGCGGUUUUGGUCCAUAUGCAUUUUUUAACAAUCCCCUGCUCUGUGGCCCCCCCCUGAACACAUCUUGCUCAGCAAAGGUCAACGGAUCAAGUUCUUCACCGAGGAAAACAAAGGUCAUAAGUAAUUCUGUCAUUGUUGCAAUUGUUGCUGCUGCAUUGAUCCUUACUGGGGUUUGUGUGGUAUCCAUCAUGAGCAUCAGGGCUCGCGGAAGGAAAAAAGUUGAUGAACCAAUGGUUGUUGAGAGCACACCGCUGGGUUCAACCGAGUCAAAUGUAAUAAUUGGGAAGCUGGUUCUCUUUAGCAAAAGUUUGCCCUCUAAGUAUGAAGAUUGGGAGGCUGGCACCAAAGCUUUGCUUGACAAGGAGUGUCUGAUUGGUGGUGGGUCAAUCGGUACAGUCUACCGGACUAGUUUUGAAGGUGGGAUCUCACUUGCGGUGAAGAAGCUUGACACUCUGGGAACGAUCAGAAACCAAGACGAAUUUGAGCAAGAAAUUGGACAACUAGGCAACCUUCGUCACCCAAAUCUAGUUGCGUUUCAGGGUUACUACUGGUCCUCGACGAUGCAGUUGAUUCUAACUGAAUUUGUCCCAAACGGGAAUCUGUAUGAUAACCUUCAUGGGCUUAACUAUGCAGGCACCAGUACUGCUGGGGGCAACACUGCAUUGUAUUGGUCUAGGAGGUUUCACAUUGCUCUUGAAACGGCAAGAGCCCUAGCUUACCUUCACCAUGAUUGUAGACCUCCAAUUCUUCAUCUCAACAUCAAAUCGACUAACAUACUCUUAGAUGAGGAGUACCAUGCUAAGAUGUCAGAUUAUGGAUUGGGAAAAUUGCUUCCCAUUUUGGAUAACUAUGGUUUAACUAAAUUCCACACUGCAGUUGGGUAUGUCGCGCCAGAAUUGGCUCAAUGUUUGAGACUGAGUGAGAAGUGUGAUGUUUAUAGCUUUGGGGUUAUUCUUUUGGAGUUGGUUACAGGCAGAAAACCGGUGGAGAGUCCAAGCGCAAAUGAGGUGGUCAUUUUGUGUGAAUAUGUUAGGGGACUGUUGGAAAGUGGCUCGCCUUCAGAUUGUUUUGAUCGGAGUUUGCGUGGUUUCGCAGAGAAUGAGCUUAUUCAGGUACUGAAGUUGGGGCUCAUCUGUACAUCCGAGGUUCCUUCAAGGAGACCAAGCAUGGCAGAGUGUGUCCAGGUUCUUGAUUCUAUCAGAAAUGGAUUGGGUCAUUCUGAUUAGGAUAUAUUAAAGGGUUAAAAAAUUGAAUUAACAAUUCAUCUUUGGAGCAAAGAUCAAAGCAAAUACUAUAGCUGCCAGCAGACAAUAGGCAUGGUAUAGUUGUGAAGACGGCAGGGGAAGUUGCUCAUUUGACAGAUAUAGGUAGAAAAAUUGAUUAUUUUCUAAGUUGUUUCUGAGUUACCAUCAUCAAUUUGUUUGUGACAGUUCUAAUUUUUAGCAAUAAAACCAUUCGAUUAUUGUUACUCA